AUGGACUCGGCUAGCUCCGCUUAUGAUGAUACAACGUUCCGACGUCGGCGCAGGACUAAUAGCAGGAGAGCUAGAACGAAGUUGAGAUCGAGAGUAAGCGACAUCCGGCAGGAGCCCUCCCACGCGCAAACUAGCGCCCGCCCAAGCCAAGAUUUUACAUCGUUCACGAGCAGUUAUCCACUCCCAAAUACCGCCCCUUAUUACGACUACGUACCCGCAACGCCUUAUGAUGUCAGAUCCGAGCCCCCGGCUGUUGACGUUCCACCACGAGUGCCAGAAGAAGACGAAGAGCCCUAUGAAGCGGACAGCGAGAGACGACUCGAACGUCCUCUCCGGAAAUGGGAGCCUCUAGAGGUCUACUACGCGCUGAAUCCGCGAGAAGCUCGACCCACGGGGACUUGGUCCGACGAUGCUUUCGCGGGCUCGGCGUCUGACCUUGACGAUCCGGACAUAAGCAAACGCGGUCGCGAUGUCUCCCACAGAUACGAAUCUCGCCGAUCCUCGUUGGAUCAUUCGAUGGUCAGACAGUGGGUCCUUGACAUCCAACGGCGCACGGAGACACCUACAAGCGAAGAUCGCGAGCCCCUUCCGACCUCUCAAGACGCUCUGUUCCCCGAACAUAACACUCCUAACGAUGGGGUCACGCCUGAUAACGACGCCAACGGCCAGGUGGCUCGCGAGGAUGGGCCUGAUCAUCCGCACGGGCCACUGGAGCAAGCGAUGCUACAUCAGGGUCAAGCGAGCGAAUCCGACCUGUCAUCGUCAGAGCUGGGCGAAGACGUGGAUCGCAGACUUCCCGUGGCUCCCGAUUUCGGCACUGUGAUCAAAGGCUAUUCGCUUUCUUCCGACGAGGACACGCCUGAGGACGAUGGUAGCUCACUACGGAGCCAGCAUGAGCUUGAUUGGUUAUUUGUGUCACCGAAGCCAGCUGUGGUAGAUCGCGGUUGCAUCCGCAGGCCGUCCGAUGUGAUCAUCUCCAGCGAACUUCCAACCGUGCUGUUACAAGGCUCCACCCGCCGCGCGACUUCGCUGGCCACGGGCAUCUUCGCAUCUGUCACCUAUUACCACGAGCUAUGUGCGGCCCAAACAGACGCGGUGCUAGAGACGGUGCAAGCGCGGCUCAGGUCGGAGUGGCAGUUCGCUAUGGCUACGCUGCUAGCUCUCACAGCUGUCGAUGCGACUGUGUUUGGGUUUUCACCCGGUGGAACCCUCUUCGCUGUCAAUAGAGCUGCCAGUUACUGCCUCACGCUGUCGUCUAUAUCAACGGCAAUGGGGCUCACACAGGCAACCUUCCUGCUGAUAACGCACUUCAAAGCCGACGUUCACAAGUUCAAAAAACUCGCGCUGGGCGUAUACUCGAACUACGCCUUCUUCGCCGUCACCUCGCGCCUGCCGUUUCUGUCGGUUCUUGUCUCUGUCACGUCCCUCUCGGCUUUCCUGCUUGCUGUCGCGUUUAUGAUGUGGCCGAAGACGGCGAUCAUCUUUAGCGCGGUGGGAGUGUUGCUUGCUGGUCUGCAAUACUUCGUGAAGGACGCGAAGAAGACGAGCGCACACAAGGAGCGGAGCAGGAAAGACCGCUCUCACCGUGAGGACUCAAAGUGCGACGUCGAGAUGAAGCUUCGCGAGUGA